GACACAACACACAGCAAGCACGGGGACAGAAAAGAAAACUGUUUCUAUCCAACGCAGGUUGCCUAUUCACUAAAAUGAUCGCUAGAUGGAUAAAUUGUUAAAAUAAUCGCCUGCUAGAGUCAUAACGGUAGCAUUAAGGGAAAACUAUCAAAGUAUAUCAGACGUUCCAAGAAGCCAUAGCUUCUACCACCUCUGUUGUCUUAGCUCGCUAUAUCGGUAGCAUGUUUGCUAACCUGACAGCCAAAUAACUAACUUACGUUGUCAUAACAUUAACGUUAACGCUAGUUGGGUUUGUGAUGUUAACUUUAGCGAAUCUCUAAUAUGAUGGAAAAGGUGAUGCGGGUCGCGGUGCGCAUAAGACCACUGCUUCCUGAAGAACUCCGCCAGAACCGGGAGGUAUGUGCACAUGUUGCAGUGGAUUCACGUCAGGUUAUACUGGCAGGUGGGCAUGCCUUUCCCUGUCACUUCGCCUUUGGACCUACAGUGUCGCAGGAGCAUGUGUACGGUUCCAGCGUUAAGCCUCUGGUAGCGUCGUUUUUCGCAGGCAAAGAUGUUACCAUCCUCGCCUAUGGGCAGUCUGGAUCGGGCAAGACCUACACACUUAUCGGAGGGCACACUGAUUGUGAAGAAGACAGAGGAGUAGUGUGGCGUGUGUGUGAGGACAUGUUUCUUAAGAUGACUGCCAAUGACCUGACACACCUUAACCUGAGUGCCUGCUGUGUAUCCCUUUGUGGAGAGGAGCUACAAGACUUACUGAGCCCGGAUGCUAAACAGUUAAACCCUCACAUCAUGGAGGACCAGAAUGGGAAUACUGUGGUGGAAGGAGCUGUGGAGAUCCCACUGGGUUCAGUGGAGGACCUGCACAAUGUACUGGAUCGUAUGUCUGAAUCCUCCUCACACACACUGCUUUGGCUGCGGCUCAGGCAGCACUCGGACAGCACCUCUCAGAGUGUGUUGCUGUCCACACUGUUAGUGGUAGACUUGGCAGGCUGGGAGUGUGUGUCUGGACUAGUGACCGCCGACACCCCCAGGUUCAAACGCUCCCUCCAAAUCAGUACAGAGCUUCGGACUCUGGCUGACAUGAUUCAGCAGGACAAACUCUCACACGCUGCAGUGGGUCGCACACAGACCACCCAAGCUCUGGCUAGCCGUGCACACACACCCUGCUCUCCACUCACACAGCUGGAUGGUUCAGACUCACCAAGUGGUCGUCGACGCGAUGCACAUCCAUCCAUCCGUCCAUCGGUCCAUUCUAUCUCCGCACGCACACACACACACUCUCCUCUAAUGCGAUUGCUACAGAACUCCCUAUCUGUCUCCGCCCAGACCCUUCUGCUGGUGUGUGUCAGCCCCGCCCAGUCUAGCCUGACUGAUACUGUCAGCUGUCUGAUGCUCGCUGCACAUGCUCAGGACAAAUACUCCCGCCCAGACCAGAGAGGCGUACACACAUGGGCACACACACCAUCUGUGCCGCACACGCACAGCCCGCUUACGCGUGACGCUGCCGUUCUAUUGGAGGAGCUCCGGGACUCCGCCCCCAGCCCCGCCCUACAGCAGAGAUUGAGCGCCUGGUUGGAUGCUUACAAGAACACACCAAGCCCUUCCCAAGGCUCAGAGGUCACUCUGUGUGAGACUUGUGAUGUCCAUCAGUUGCCUGCAGACACAGCAGCUUGUGAUGAGACAGAUGCUGCACCAUCGCAGGAUGCACACACAUAUGUGCAGUCAUUACAGGAGCUAAAGCUGCACUGCCGUCUUCAAAGCGAGCUCCUAGUGGAGCAGAAGCUGCUUGCUGAUUGGCUGAAGCGUGACCUGAGGGCUCCGGACAGUGGUGGCCAGAGAUGCAAGAGCAGCCCUCUGACAGAUCAGCGGCCGGCGCCUCAGAACAGACAGCCUGCCCGCUGUGGCACCGCAGGCAGCAGAAAGGUGUACAGCAGUCCCUGUAACCUCAGCUUGGAGAGAUUGUCCGCCACCAUGAAGACCAGCAACCAACUGCUGCUGGCCCAGCUGGAGGAGCAGGAGCAGGUGCUGCGACUGCCCAGUGUGACGAGAGGCAGAGAGACUGAGGCCAAGGACCAAUCAGAGAGGAAAGACAAGAAGAGACCUCUGCUGAACCGCACGUGGACCCGCAAACAUGCCCCAGACCUGAGCGUGGCCAUCUCUGAGGCCCUGGGCAUCCCAGGGCUGUCCAGUGCGUGUGAUGCAGAGGUCAGCACGUGUGAGGCCCAGUCUGUUCUGGUCAGCGAGCUCCUGUUGGAGAAAGAGCGUCUGCAGCAGAGGAGGGACGAGCUGAGCAGCCGGCUGUCUGAAGAAAACACACCCUCAGAACAGGAUGACCUUACUUUGCACCAGCUUGAGGAGACCAUAGAGGCUGUGGAUGCUGUGAUUGGGUUGCGUCAGCACCCCGACCAGCAGAGGGCCCCCGAGAGGCAACUCAGUGCGAGCUCUGCGCCUGUGGACAGUCUGGACAGAGUCCUGGAGGAGCUUUGCAGGAGGCCAAAGCUCUGUUCUACACAUACUUUAGCAAGGUGGUGUGUCUGCGGGAGCGCGGUGCGUCCCAGCGGAGGUGCGUGCGUGAGCUGGAGGCGCUCCUCGCCGCCGAGCAGCAGCAGAGCGCCCGGAGGCUCCAGCAGCUGGAGAAGGAGGUGUUCUUCUACCGGAGCAGCAGUCGCGAGCUGCGGCGCCGCCUCAAGGAGCUGGUGCAGGACGGCCCCUCGCCAGCCUCCAGCAGGGCGUCGUGGCGCAGGGGCAGCGGGGAAGGAGGGCAGGGCUUGGGGGAGGCACCCGACUGACAUGGAGCCCCAGACCCUAUGAGCGCACAUUCGCCCCCAAAACACUAAGCACUGACAUGGAUUAGCACUUGCGGUGUCUAAUCCUCAUCCCAUUCAGAUGAACCCUGACUCAGCUCCUCUCUGUUUAGAGCCCAGUCCCCACCACACUGACCACUGACUCAACACAUCAUCAACCCUCUGCUCUCUACUCAGAAGGCUGUGGUUUUUACACCUCCUUCACAGUGCCUGUCAGAUCAAUAUUUUUCCUGUACUCCUGUGGCUGACAUGAUUUGUGUGUGUGUUUUUUUUUAAAUGUGUAUGAUUUCUU